AUGAUAAAUUAUCCGUGUGGAAUAUGUGGGAAGUAUGUAAACUGUAAUCAAAAGGCAAUUCAGUGUGAUAUUUGUGAUUUCUGGAUUCAUAUUAAAUGUAAUGGUCUCAACGUCAAGGAUUAUGAAUCUCUUCAAAAUUCUACCCAGAAAUGGUUUUGCUGUAAAUGUAAUAAUGAAAUUCUCCCCUUUGGGAUAAAAGCUCCCCCUCUAGUCUACGACAAGUCACUUUCUUCCCUUGAAAUCAAAAAAUUUCUUACAAAGCUUAAUACUCUUAAAAUCAAUGACAUCCCUGAAAUGGGUGGUGUCAACUGCAAAUAUUAUGAUCCAAAUGAAUUCACUGACCUUCAAGUUACUUCUCAUAAAUUCUCCCUUUUCCAUAUGAAUAUUGCAUCUCUGUCAAAACAUCUUGAUGAAUUGAAGGUUUUAUUACAACAACUUGGGCAUGACUUCAGUAUUAUUGGUAUCACUGAAACUAAAUUCCAGAUUAAUUUCCCUUCUAUUAAUUGUGAUCUACCUGGUUACUCCUUCACACACACGCCUACUGAAGGUGAAAAAGGUGGUGCUCUGUUGUAUGUUUCUAAUCACUUGCAAUUUAUUGAACGUCUUGAUCUUGAUACACUUGCAUACAAAAGCAGUGAACUUGAAUCUAAAUUCAUUGAAAUUAUACAGGCUAAAGAUAAAAACAUGAUUGUAGGAUGCAUUUAUAGACACCCCUCAAUGUCUGUUGAUGAGUUCAACAACCAAUUUUUAAUGCCCCUUCUUGAGAAAGCGUCUUCUGAAAAUAAGCCAAUCUUUCUCCUUGGUGAUUUUAGUAUUGACCUUCUAAUGUCCGAAUCGGUUAAAGAAGUUUCUGAUUAUAUUAAUAUUACCUCCCAGUUUAAUUUAAUGCCUCAUAUAAUUUUGCCCACAAGAGUCACUGAAUCUACCAGCACAAUUAUAGAUAAUAUUUAUUUUAACUCUGCCAAGUGGGAUACUUUGUCUGGUAAUAUUAUUAAUUCAAUAUCUGAUCAUUUCCCCCAGUUCUUGGUGUUAAGAGAUUUGUUUGCUGUCAAUCCGGCUCAUGUAUCUAAUGAUAUUUAUGCUCGUAACUGGAAAAAAUUCAGUCAUGAUGCCUAUCGCACUGAACUACAAUAUACGGAUUGGGAUGCUAUACUUCAACCAAGCACAGAUGAUCCCAAUGUAUCGUUUGAUAAUUUUUACAACAGUUUCAACAGUCUUUUUGAUAAAUACGCUCCAUUAAAAACGACUUGUAAUAAAAAAAGUAGAAAAAGAUCCAAUCCUUGGAUUACUAAUGGUAUCCUUACCUCUAUUACUAAAAGAGACCUUUUUCAUAAACGUUUUUUAAGAGAAAAUGAUCCAUAUUUUAAGUCUCUCUUGUUAGAGCGUUUCAAAAAGUACCGCAAUAAAAUUGUAACUCUGUGUAGAUUGAGCAAGAGUGUUAAAAAUAUAAUUUCUGUUCGUUCUUCUGCUUCUGCUUCUCCAACCUGUAUGAACAUUGAUAACUUACCUGUCACUGAUCCAGUGACAAUUGCUAGCUCUUUUAAUAAUUAUUUUUCAUCAAUUGCUGACAAUAUAAGAAUGGGCAUCCCAUUCACAUCAAAACAUUUCUCUUCCUUCUUAAAAGAUUCUGUUCCUAAUUCAAUGUUUCUUUCACCAACUGAUGAUAUUGAAGUUCUCCAUUGUAUUUCUUCCUUGGACCUUGGUAAAUAUUCUGGGCCAUUUAGCAUUCCUGCCCAAAUUUUUUCUACUGUUAAAACUGAAUUAUCUGUUCCACUCUCUAAACUUAUAAAUUUGUCUUUCACUUCAGGCAUUUUUCCUUCUAAUUUAAAAACUGCCAGGGUUAUCCCUAUUCAUAAAAAAGGAUCCAAUAUGGAACUUACAAAUUAUCGACCUAUAUCCUUACUUUCAAACAUUGAUAAGAUAUUUGAAAAACUUAUAUAUAAACGGGUAUAUGGGUUUCUUGAAGCUAACAAUGUCCUGUAUAAGCAACAAUUUGGUUUCAGAAAAAAUUACUCAACCUGUCAAUCACUAAUGAAUAUCUCUCAAAAAAUUAUGGAUGCUCUUGAUAAAGGAAAUUAUGCAUGUGGAGUGUUUAUUGAUCUCCAGAAGGCUUUUGAUACUGUUGACCAUGAAAUUCUGCUUACAAAGCUUCAUCAUUAUGGAAUUCGAGGUAAUGCUCUCUCUUUAUUUAGGUCCUACUUAAUAGGUUGCCAACAAUUUGUGUCUUUAAAUGGAGCUAGAUCAGCAAAUAAUCUUACCAGACAUGGUGUCCCUCAAGGCUCUGUUUUACGACCACUUUUAUUUUUAAUUUAUAUAAACGACUUGAAUUGUGCGAUUAACUAUUCUAUGGUACACCACUUUGCUGAUGAUACAAACCUCCUGCAUUUCAGUGACUCUUUGAAACAACUGGCCAAACAAAUGAAUUUAGACCUCAAGCUUCUCUGCCAUUGGCUGAAUGCUAAUAAGAUUUCUCUUAAUGCUAGCAAGACAGAAUACAUUAUAUUUAAACAUGCACAUAAACCUCUUAAUUAUGAUUUUAGGCUUCUCAUCAAUGGUAAAAGGCUUAUGCCUAGUGAUUCUAUUAAAUAUCUUGGUGUUCUAUUAGAUUCUGAUUUAAGCUGGAAGACUCAGAUCAAUAAUACUGUUGCCAAGCUCAAGAGGGCUAAUGGAGCUUUAGCUAAACUUCGUCAUUAUGUGCCUCAAAAUGUCCUUAUCCUAGUCUACUAUGCCAUUUUUCAUUCCCACCUGCAAUAUUGUAAUCAAAUUUGGGGUCAACCAAAUAGUCUUGAUGUUAAUCGUAUUGCUGUUUUACAAAAUUUUGCUAUCAGACUAAUGACUUUUGAAUCUCGAAGAGCAUCAUCUAAUCAUCUAUGGCAACCUGGAAAUCCUCAAAUUCAAUGA